AUGCUACAGGACGUUUUCAUCAGAAUAUGUGACAACCAGGGACCUACAGUCACAGUGUUGUAUAAUCAACAAGGAUCGGUGUAUGGAGGUUAUACAAGUUAUACUUGGGAGGCAACAGACGGAUACUACGAUGAUUUGAAUGCAUUCCUGUACCAAUUACAUUUUAAUAAAUCUCCAACAGCAAGGAAAUUCCCUUCUAAAAACAAUGGAUACGGCAUAUAUAAGAAUGGUGGUUAUGGGCCAACAUUUGGAGGGAACCAUAAUGUAUGCGCUUUUACUGGCACUGUCAAUUAUGCUGGUGACUACUUUGCUCUUAACGAACCUUCAAUUAUUGGUUAUGGCUAUGACACCCAGGGUGUCUAUGGGAAUCAGUACUAUACCGGCAAUAUAAACUUUGAUUUAUGCGCAUUUUCUGGCACUGUCAAUAAUUCUGGUGGCUUUUUUGCGCUUAACGGAUCUUUAAGUAUUGGUUACGGCUAUGACGCCCAAGGUGUCAAUGGAAACCAGAUCAAUAAUGGCAAUAUGAACGUGGUUGAACUGGAAGUUUACAAAGUAUCGGAUGGUCGGAGGAAAAAGAUUGAAUUAGAGCCUUGGCGCAAAACAAGAGAUUGGAACGAAAAAUUUCUAGACGAGCUUACAGAAGAUGUAGUGUCAUUUAAACCUUUUCCAGAUUUGAACAUCUCGGAGGCUCGAAUCUUGAUGAUCGGUCCAGUUGGAGCCGGCAAGUCAAGUUUCUAUAACACUAUCAACUCCAUAUUCAGAGGUCGUAUUACACAGAGGGCAGGCAGUGGCAGCGCAGAACAAA